AUGCAGGAUAACAGGGAGGAACCCAACAUGAGUGAGCCCCCCAGGGGAGAUGCCCCCUCGAGGAUAAACAACGAUAGGAAGAAGAAAAAAAAAGAAAUAGAAAAAUGCACAAACAAAAUUACCAACUUUUUCAAAGUCGUAAAAAAUGGCCAAGUGCCAAAGACCCUCCAGACACAGAACCCCCCCAUCAGUGAGAGCAACCAACAAGCCGACGAACGCACAUCUGGCAUAGGUACCAUCAUAAAUAUAAAUUCUCUAGUGAGGAGCUCCCAAGUGAAGGAAAAUGUGCACCGCACAGGUGACCAGCAUGCGGUACUCACUGAUGUAGAUGCAGGAGGAGAGAGGACAAAUAAAAUGGAAGAUCCCCCAAAAAAGGAAAACCCAUUUUAUUCCUCCUCAAGCUUAGAACACGAAGUGACAAACAGGAUGAACCGCAUCAGCGUGAACCCGUCUGCUCAGAUGUGUGGCAUCACCAAUGUGAAGUCGAUUCUGUGGAGGGACGUCAGUAGGGUGCCGACCGUUGGAGCGACGUUGAGGGGGAAGCAGGGGGGGGGCGUGCAAACUGGUGAGGAGGAGAAGCAGUGUGGUGAGGAGAGGCUGUGUGGUGAGGAGAAGCUGUGUGGUGAGGAGAGGCUGUGUGGUGAGGAGAAGCUGUGCGGUGAAGAGAAUCUGUGUGGAGGACCCCCCCAUGGGGAACCCCAAGACGGGGGGAACAAAAACAAGAGGGGACUCAAAAGAAAAAAAAAUGACUCAGAUGGAGAGAGUAGCUCACCGGAUAUGAGCGUAACGGAGGAGGACUGUACGGAUGACUUUCCUGGGGAGGAUCAGUCGAAGGGACCCCGCGUAGGCCUUUCUUCUAGACCACCCACAGAAGGGAAUGCCAUGGAGAAUGCUCACUUAGAACCCAAUAGGAGAGACGGCAAAGAGGGAAAUGUGGGCUCCUCCUCCCCUAAAGAAUGCACAAAGGUAGUGAAGGCGAGGAAAAUCUCCCUCGUCAAUUUUUUCGGCAAUGAUAUUCAAAUAACUGUGAAUGUGAAUGAGGAUAGUGCGUCCGGGGGUAGGUUCAGCAGUGAGGAUAGCGACGGGAGCGGGUCUAGCCUGGGCUGCACCGGGAGGUCCAAGCCGAGGGGAAGCGGUGCGGGAGGCGGUGUGAAAGGGGGGGCGAAAGGUGGAGCGAAAAGAGGUGCGAUAAGUAUAGCUGAUGGAGAUACACCCGAAGGAGAAACUAGUGGAGGUACACCUAAACGCGGCGCCGGUGGAGUCACACCUAAACGCGGCGCCGGUGGAGUCACACCCAAACGCGGCGCCGGUGGAGUCACACCCAAACGCGGCGCCGGCGGAGACGAAGCGGACAGCCUCAGAAAGCCAAACCCGUCGUACAAGAGAAACUCCAUUUCGGACGGAGAAAGAUACAGCAAAAAUAGCGGUGCAGUCUACGCGAGGAGGAAAAAAAGGGAAAGGAAUAACCCAGAUGGGGGUGACGGAGGGGAAGAAGGGGGGCAAGCCAGUGAUGAGUGGUCCCAAAACGAACAGGCCAACAGCCCCGUAACCCCAGGAAGGAAAUACUACGUAAAGGACACCAAACGGGUGUUAAAAUCGGAUAAUGAAUUCGAAUUGGAGAGAGCCAAAACGAAGAGGGUUCGGAUUGGGAGAGUCAGUUGCGUGGGGGUGGGUGCGCGCACGGGGAUUGACGAAGACGCCCAAGGGGGUGCAGCCGCGGGGGGAGGGCGCAACAACUUUUCCAACAGGGCUGGCAGGAAGACGUGCCUGAAUGUGGGCUUUGUUAGCGGGUUCUGCGGAAAGGGGAGGAAAAGCUGCGCGGGUGGCGCGGGUGGCGGUGAUGGGGGUGAUGGGGGUGAUGGGGGUGAUGGGGGUGGCGGCCACGCGGUUGUCAGUGAUGACGAUGACGAUGAUGGCCCCUCUGGCGAACCCGAGUUCCCCCCCGCGGCGCACCCAGGUGACACGUGGGCGAAGCACGAACAGAAGGAACAAAAGAGGAAGAGGAAAGACGGCGCGCUUGGCAACCACUUCGAAACGAAUCUAUACCAACUGAAAAAUAACGUACAGGAAAAAUUAACCUCCAUUAAAAAUAGCUUCAGGCUAAAUGAUAAUGUGAGCGAUAUCCUAAAUGAGAAGAGGAGGAUCAAAAUUCUUCGCGUUUUAAAUAAAUACUACUUUGAUAGGGAGUACAACGACUACGUGGGGGGUCAGCAGGGGAGGGAAGGUUCACCGAGGGGCGUCACGCAGAGGGGUGUCACGAAGAGCGGUGCCACGCAGAGGGGCGUCACGCAGAGGGGUGUCACGAAGAGCGGUGCCACGCAGAGGGGCGUCACGCAGAGGGGUGUCACGAAGAGCGGUGCCACGCAGAGGGGCGCCACUGCGAAGUGCCCCUUCGCAAAUUGCUCCCUCCUGAGGGACCACUCGAGCAAGCCCUUCACCUUCUUCAUCGCGGGCAAGUUCACCCUCUUUAGCAACUUCGCCCUGACGAAGAAGCUGAAGGAUGCAGGGUACGGGAUCACGAGCAACUUGCGGAGGAGCAACUCGUUAGUCAUUGGACACGAUUUGAGUGAAGACUUUGUAAAAAAAAUGGCAAACUUUAAUGGGCGCAUCUUUGGUGAAGAGGCUAUUCUGCACCACCUAAAUGUAGAGGUAAAAAAGCGCAUUGAUCUUUUUGCACCGAUAAAUAAAAAUAACGCAAAACGGUACAAGUUCCUAAUUAACCAGACUAAUGUAGAUAAUGCACCCAUAGAAUCGAUUGCGAGAAGGGUUCUUCAGUUUUGCAGAGCCAUACGGAAGAACCUGUCUGAGAGUUUAGAGGCCUCUCAUGCUGGGUAUAAGACUGUGCUGCUUUCCAAUUUGACGAAACGGUUAAAUGACUUUUUUUUGUUUUUGCACUUGUCUAGGGGGAAGUUUCACUCCGAUAUAAACUCCCUCCUGUAUUGGUACAGUAGGAAGCACCACGAGUUGGUUCUGCAGUUGCGAAGUGGUGAGGAGGCGUCCCGCCUAGUGCACCCUCCCUGCAAAGAGGAGGCGGCGUCCCGUUUAGUGCACCCUCCCUGCAAAGAGGAGGCGGCGUCCCGUUUAGUGCACCCGCCCUGCAAAGAGGAGGAAGCGUCCAGUUUGGUGCACCCACCCCACAGUGAUGAAGAAUCGUCCAGCUUGGUGCACCCUCCCCGCAGUGAUGAAGAAACUUCCCAGUCGGUUCCCCCGCCCCACAGUGAUGAGGAAUCGUCCAGCAUAGUGCACCCACCCCACAGUGAUGAAGAAUCGUCCAGCUUGGUGCACCCGCUGCGCAACGACGAGGAGAGCUCCGAGUUAGUGCUCUUCGUGCGCAACCUCUGCGACGUUUUCUCCGCGUGCUACAUCAGUGACGACUUGCUGACGUGCGGCCCCAGGGGAGAGUGCGUUUCGGACGGGGGAACCAGGUCCCAGGAGAACCUGCCGGACAGCCAAGCCAGCUCCCCCCACCAGAUGAUGUAUCAGGGUGGAAGCAGCCAGUCAGAGGGAGACACCCCGGAAGGGAGGAAAGGGGGCACGUCCCCUGAGGAGAAAAUACGCCCCCCAGGGGGGGACCACGAUGGGGAUGGGGAUGGGGAUGGCGAUGCCUAUGGGGAUGGAGAUGCCUAUGACGAUUACGAUGAGUCCUCCCUGGAGUACCUGUCCCCGGAGGACUACUUCUCCCAGACGGACGAGUCAGGCGAAGCGUCCAACGAGGAAAGGGACCCCAACAAUGACAGCGCGAAUUCGUUCGAGAGGACCAUCGCGCACAACAUGAAGAAGAGUGAGAAGCUAAAAAAUGUGAGCAACUUGUGGAGAGUCUUUUUUCGACCCAAUAGUCUCUACGAAAUUGCGGGGCAUAGAAAUGAAGUCCUAAAGUUGUACAGAAUUUUGAAGAGGCUCUUUCCGGAAGGGGGUGUAGAGGUACCCUCCACGAGUGGAAGGUCAUCCCCUAAGGGAGGUGGUCAGGGAGGAGGGCAAGCAGGUCUCCAGGCAGGUCGCCAGGCUGAUCGCCAGGCUGGUCACCAACCAGAUGACCCAUCAGAAACGCACCACGAACGGAGCAACAUCCUCUUCUUAGUGUACCCCCCCAACUGUGGAGUGAAAAGAUUGGUAGAACUCAUCUGCUACGCAUGUGAUUUAUGCCCCAUUUAUGAAAAUAAAGUGCAGAAGUAUAAAAAUAUAAAUUACUUUUUUAAAUACACACAUGGGUUGAAACCUAUUUCUAUAUAUAACGCUAAUAAGCUAGACAAGAAUUCCCUAAGCGAAUUGAAUGCUCGCAACGAUGUGAGCAUCUGUAUGUAUGAAGAUAGGAACUACAUAAUGAAUAACUUAUGCAAUGUGUCCUUCCCCCUCUUGGAUAACAUAAGUCAUGUGCUCAUCAAGUUUGGCUUUCCUUCCAGAGAGGCCUUAUUCUACAGAUGCUUUUCUGUUUGUUCCUGCGUUAUUAAAAAUUUAAGUAAAAAACUUUUUAGCAUAUUUUUUGAGACAUGCAGGCUGAAGGACUUUUCCUACUCGAUUGAGAGUGUCUACAGCAAGAUGCACCUCGUGGCUUCCUAUGUGAAUUAUGUGCAGCGGGGGGGGCAUGCAAUUUCGUCUACUGGGCAGGACAGAGGGGCGAACGCGGCGGGCGAAACCGCCUUUAGCUUCCCCAAUGAUGUGUUGCGGGAGUACAUAGCCAACCACCUCAUGAACCGCUUCUUCAUGAGCAACUACGACGAGGUGGACCGCGCGCUGCGCGGGGUAAGCGGGUUAAGCGGCGGCGUAAGCGGCGGGUUAACCGACGAGUUAACCGAUGAGUGCACCGCUCCCUUCGAGAGCCCCUCCUUUGGGGAGCCGCCCCACCGCCGCAGCUGCUCCGCACAGAUGAUGAAGAGGCUAAACGAAGACUACUACUUCUUUAGAGGAUUCGACGUGGAGGACAUCCGCACGCUCGUCCACGACUGGUACGACAAGAUGUACAUACAAAACGAAAAAUUUAUUUUCGAUUUGACGAUGAAAAAAAAUAGCAACCUUCUGCACGAGAGGAGCGACUACUUGCAUAUGGAUGACGGGGCCAGGCGGGAGAGAGAGCGCCUUCUCAUUAGGGUCUUGGAGCUUUUCCUGUACGCCUCCAUUUUGGUUAAGUCGGACGACGUCAGCAUAAAUUUGAUUGCCGUCGAUAUGGCGGUGUACUGGCGGAAAUACCUCUUCCUGAGUCGGCCCUUCCGCCUGGCGUGGCGCGGGGAAAGCGGGGAAGGCGGCAGAGAAAGCGGCGGUAGGGCAGACACGCGAGGCAACCGGGGGGGAGCCAAAACCCUGGCGGCACGGCAAAGGGGCGACUGGGCCGCCCCCCUCACCAGCGGAGGCAACAACGACUUCAUCAACGAGACGAAGCUGAAGGACCACUUGAAGGGGAAGAUGGAAAAGUGCAACAAAGUAUUCGGCGAGAAGGUGAAGAAGUACCGCGGGCUGAUGGCGCACUUCGGGUGCCCCUUCAACUUCUCCUCCGCCGGGGUGGUGUACGACCUUCUGCAGAACAGCAAGGUGGCCAACUUGGCCCCCCGCAGGCGCAGCUGA